AUGGAGCUGUUCUCUCCGCAACGCCUCGCUCGCUGUGAUCUGCGGACGAGUGAGUCCUUCGACUGCCAGGAAGGCUUCGGCUACGGUGUCUUCCAGAAGCGCCUGUUCGUUCUUCUUAUCCUCGCAGCUUUUUCGCUCAUCUGCCAAACUUCCAUCGUAACCCUCGUCUUCAGUGACGUGGACCACUGGUGCAAGCGGCCCAGGGGCUUCAACAUCUCUGCAGCCGAAUGGAAAAAUAUCGCCAUACCGCUAGAAGCCGACGGAAGACUUAGCCAAUGCCGCGUCUACGAGCGUUGCAUGCCACCGGUUCACCUCAAUCUUCCAAACCGGCAACGGAUGGACAGCGCCAUGCAAGCACAGCCGGACUGGUGGUUUAACGAAUGCCUGAACGCUACCCCAGAAGCCGCCAACGACACACGAGAGAUAUCCUGCAAGGAAUGGGAGUACGACGUCACGGUGGCAGAUUCUACGGUGGUGAGCACUUGGGACUUGGUGUGCCAUCGACGCCUGAUAAGGAUCGCCGUCGUAGCACUGCAGUAUGCUGGCGCCGUUCUAUUUCUCGUCACAUCUGGAAUGUACGCAGACUCACUAAGUCGGAGGAGCUGUCUCGUGGCGUCCGCUGCAGCACUGUUGACAACUACUGUCUGCACUUUUCUGGCGACCACUUACUAUCUAUACGCUCUGGCCCGCUUCCUUGCCGGAGGAAUUACCGCCGUGAACGAAGUCUUCAGCGUCGUGAUACCAUUCGAAGUGACGACCCACGUUCACAGACCGCAGCAAGUCAUCCUCUGGCAUUUGGUGGGCGUCUUGCUGGCCGAAUUCUGGGAAAUCUUAAUCAGAGGCGUGCCCAUGUUCUGGUCGCUCAAACAGCUCGUCUUUCUAGCGCCUACGGCCUUGCUUCUCCCUGUGUCAUUCACCGCACCUGAAUCGCCUCGUUGGCUCGUGGCGAAAGGAAGAUUACGAGAGGCCGAGACCGUGAUGAUGCAGGCUGCCGAAGAUAACGGCUUCCCUUUUCAAUGCACGGCCGCUCUGAUGGACAAGCUCAGAGAACAGGUCAAGUCGAGGACGUGUUCCCCGACAGCGAGCGACAAAGAGAUUUUGGACUCAAACUCCCUGCGACGGCGAGCACUCGCCAUGUUUUUCGCCUAUUUCUCGAUGACGUUCUCGUACUACGUUGCCGUGUUCGCGACGGCGCCAAUCCCCGAGGCUUGGAUACCGUAUGGCGUAGUCGCAGCCACGCUGUUGGCGUGCGGGGCGAUGCACGUCUUGCUUACAGACAUCGCCCUGGUGACGGUGAUGAACACCUGCUUUGUGGUGAUUGCCGUCGUCGAUUGCUUGCUGAGUGCAGCCGCCGGCGCUGGAGUGGCCAUGGUCAGGAACAUUCUCAGCGUGCUGUCCAGAGGCGUGUCACUGGCCAUGCUCAUUCACAUCCUAGUGUUCGUCAUGGAGCUCUUUCCGUCGGCCGUCAGGAGUGGCGCGUUGUGCUGGGUGUUCGCUAGCGGACGCGUCGGUGCCGUGUUCGCGUCCGUGACCUUUGUCCUGCAGCUGGACGGUCGUGAAGACGUGGCGUUCGCCGUCGCCGCGUUGCUCCUAUUCGUGUCUCUACUGGUGAUACGGGUUCUUCCACGAGCCACCAUGGUCGAGCAGGCUAAAGAGGCCAAAAUCGGUGCGUGUUCCAGAUGGACCACCAUGAAACACAUGAGACGUACUCUCGAGCAGCCGACAGAUCAUAAGACCAAAUCUGGUAGCAACGAUCUCCCGCAGUGUCGACAGAGCUUCGCCAGCAAUGCGGCAUCUACUGGAAGCAGCAAGGACCGGAAGAGUCGAAAGAGUCUCGCCAGCAAUACAGAUUCUUCUCGUAAGCCCAGGCGACACGACCAGAAGUUUAGCCAGAAGCUCGGAUUACCGAAAAGUGUUCCGAUGUCAAUGACCCAAGCCGACGCGGACAUUGGAUAG